CUCAGGUCGAGCGAGGACGAGAUGCGCAUGUUUGCGCCUGUUGAUUUACGCCAGAUUCACACGUUCACCCUGGUUCACAUGAAGACAUUACUUACACGUGCUUGUUGAUUUGUACUUAGUGCGUGUGAAUUAAUUAGUUGUAGAUAAUAUACAUCAUGAAGUUGUAGUGUUGUUUACCUAUAUUAAUAUUUUCUGUAGAAAAUUAUUGAAAACUGCGUGCCAAUGAAGUGUUUUGGAGUGUUCGAUGGAGUGAAGUGUAGUGUCAAGAAUUUUUAAAUUACGUUUCUCAAUUUUUUCACUUGCAAUUCCAAUAAUUGUGGAACAAUGGCAAAAUCCUUUAAUGCGUUUAGUACUCGCUCCGUGAAGCACUUGGACCCAACGAGUGUGGAGUUUACUGUGUAUCAUCCAGAUGAAAUUAAGGAAAUGAGUGUGGUUAAAGUCAGUGUGCCAGUUUCAUUUAAUGCUUUGGGUCUUCCAAUGAAAGGAGGCUUAUACGAUCCUGUCAUGGGCCCUCUGGGCGAUCGUGGGGAAAUAUGUGCUACGUGCCGGGGCUCGUUUUUUACGUGCCCUGGUCAUUUUGGACAUAUAGAGUUGCCGGUGCCAGUGUUCAACCCAUUCUUCAUGAAGACUGUUUAUUCCGUUUUGCGACUUGCGUGUUUGAACUGCCAUGAAUUGCAGAUAUUAGGAGAGCAUCGAUAUCUUCUUAUUGGUCAACUUCAGCUACUGGAUGCAGGACAUGUGGUGGAAGCUCAAGAACUCGCAGAGAAAUUGAUUUCCAUUAAUUCUUCUCGUUCAGAUGUUGGUGAAGCAGCUGCUUCAGCAUUCGCCAAAGAAAGUGUUAAGAAUUAUAUAGAUAAAGUACUUGGAGAACACAAUACGAAAAUGCUUGGUGCAGAAGAAUCAAAAAAUGUGGAAAUUCUACGUGCACAGUUUUUAGCAAUGGCCAAAGAGCAGUUCAAACAAAAAAAAUUCUGCCUAAAUUGUAAGAAGCCAAUUGCAAAAAUCACUUUAAUCUACAACAGAUUAAUGACUGUACAUAAUAAAAUAGUAAAUGAUAAGAUUGUAAGUAGCUCUGCCAGUUUUAUUACCCCUGAUGAAGCUCGAAAUCAUCUGCGUGCUUUGUGGACUGAGGGUUCUGACUUUAUCAUGGUGCUGGCUCCUGUACUUCGGAGAAUCAAAUCGCAGUAUCCUACAGAUGUAUUUUUUGUGGAAAUUGUUCCUGUACCACCCCCAAAAGUUCGGCCUGUAAAUUUUGUUAAAGGCAAGAUGAAUGAACAUCCUCAGACAAUAGUGUUCCAGCAGGUCUUGGAACAUAGCAUUGUUACACGUCAGGCAGCACAUAUUGUAAAUGGCGGCACAGCUGAUCAGUUAAGUGAGGAAGGUCAGCAAUUGUACCAGACUAUGCCAGGUGCGUCACCAAUAGAGAAACUCCAUAAUGCUUGGCAAAGUCUUCAGGCAGCUGUUGGUCAUCUUGUAGAUGCAGAACUCAAUAAUACACGAAGGAACACAGCGAAUGCACCUGCAGGUCUUAAGCAGGUAAUAAGUAAGAAAGAAGGACUAAUACGCAUGCAUAUGAUGGGAAAACGAGUCAAUUUUGCAGCACGCACUGUAAUAACUCCUGACCCAAACUUAGGAGUUGAUGAAAUUGGAAUUCCAGAAGCUUUUGCAAAAGUACUUACAUACCCUACUCCAGUGACCCCAUGGAAUGUGGAUGAUCUUAGACAAGCUGUACUUAAUGGUCCUAAUAUUUACCCUGGUGCAACAAUGGUUCAGAAUGAAGAUGGUUCUAUCAUCAGAGUCAGUAAGGAAGCAAUUCAGAGAGCCAGUCUUGCCAAACGAUUGUUAACACCCAAAGAAAGUGAUGGAAAAGUACCAUCUAUCCCCAAAAUCGUGCAUCGACAUUUACGUAAUGGGGAUGUUUUAUUGCUAAAUCGCCAACCUACACUGCACAGGCCCUCCAUUAUGGCACAUCGUGCACGUGUUUUACAUGGUGAAAAAACAUUCCGAUUGCAUUAUGCAAAUUGUAAGUCUUAUAAUGCUGACUUCGAUGGUGAUGAGAUGAAUGCGCAUUUUCCACAAAGUGAAUUGGCUCGAGCUGAAGCAUAUUUCCUGGCACAGGUAGGACACCAAUACUUGGUUCCAAAGGAUGGUACUCCAUUGUCCGGGCUGAUCCAGGAUCACGUUGUGAGUGGAGUGCGAUUGACAGUGAGGGGACGCUUUUUUCCUCGAGCUGAGUACUGCACGUUGGUGCAGCAAGCACUUCCCACACUUACAGGCUCCAUCAGGCUUUUGCCUCCUUCUAUUUUGAAACCUUGCAGCCUUUGGUCAGGCAAACAGGUUGUGUCUACAGUGUUACUGAACUGUAUACCUGCUGGAAGGCCUCCACCUACUCUGUGUGAUAGUGCCAAAAUUCCUGCACGUGCAUGGGUGCAAGCAAGUGCUAAUCGCCCCUGGCGUGCUGGUGGCACAUCACUACGUGGAGAUGCACUGUCUGAAGCAGAGGUUGUGUUGCGUGAAGGAGAGCUGUUAUGUGGUGUUUUGGACAAAAAGCAUUUUGGAUCAACCCCAUAUGGUCUGGCACAUUGUGUACAUGAACUCUAUGGUGCUGAGUAUUGCAUGAAACUUUUGUCUGCUUUUGCCCGACUCUUCACUGCUUUUCUGCAAAGAGAAGGCUUUACAUUGGGAGUCCGUGACAUUCUUGUUGUGCCUGAGGCAGACGCUGAACGUCGCAAAUUGCUGGAGGAAGCAAGUCAAAUUGGCCCAUCUGCAGUUGCUACGGCAUUUGAACUUGCAGAACCUUUACUCAACAGUUCACAAGAGAGAAAUCAACAGGAGCAGUUACCUCCAGGCAGCGAAGCUCAUUUACUGCGCAUAGCAACUGGUGACCAGCAACUUCGGGCAGCUUUGGAUCACUCUUAUAAGCAGCUCCUUGAUCCUGCCACCAAUGGUGUGUCACGGGCUUGUGUUCCUGCUGGCCUCCUGGAAAAAUUUCCUGAGAACAAUUUGCAACUGAUGGUGCAGUCAGGAGCAAAGGGUAGUACUGUGAAUACCUUGCAAAUUUCUUGCCUGCUGGGACAGAUAGAGUUGGAAGGACGCCGACCACCUCUGAUGCCGUCAGGCAAAGCUCUGCCAUCAUUCCGUCGCUUUGACCUAUCACCUCGGGCAGGUGGUUUUGUCGCAGGUCGGUUUUUGACUGGCAUCCGACCACAGGAGUUUUUCUUUCACUGCAUGGCGGGUCGAGAAGGUCUGAUCGACACAGCUGUCAAAACCAGCCGAAGUGGCUAUUUGCAACGUUGUCUAGUGAAGCACCUAGAAGGAUUGGUUGUGGGUUAUGAUGGUACUGUUCGUGAUUCUGAUGGUUCUUUGGUACAAUUUGCGUACGGAGAAGAUGGACUGGAUAUUUUGAAAUCUCAGUUUCUUACACCAAAGCAAAUACCUGUGCUGGCAGACAAUUACAAGGCAUUCUAUGACAAAGAUGAUGUUUCGAGAUUAAAAAUGGAUAAAAUAGACCCUGAAAUUGAAGCGGCAUCCAAAAAUGUGCGUCGUUGGUUUCGACGAAAUAAACGGUUGGGAAUGAAACGACCUCCACGGACGUUCCGGGACUACUCUCAUCCUCCUGAUCCAAUAGCAUCUCGUGUUCCCCCCUGCGCUGCCUUUGAAGCAUUGACAGAACGUUUAGAGGGUCUUAUAAAUGAUUAUCUUAAGAAACAUCAAUCUCCACCUUCAAAGGACAAUCCUAUGCGCGAUGCACUCUUACUGAAGAGUGUAUGUGCUCGAGCUGAACCUGGAGAACCCGUAGGUGUCUUAGCUGCCCAGUCUAUUGGAGAACCUUCUACUCAGAUGACCCUAAACACAUUCCAUUUUGCUGGUCGCGGUGAGAUGAACGUGACUCUGGGUAUUCCACGAUUGAGAGAGGUGCUGAUGAUGGCUUCACGUCAUCCUAAGACACCAGCUAUGGAAGUACCAAUGCGUGCUGAUUUACCAAAUAUGGCUGCUUCUGCGGAUUCACUUCGUCGUCGUUUGCGUCGGAGCCAUCUCUCAGAACUCUUAGAAAAAGUUGAUAUAACAGAAUGGCUUGAUAUUGGUAAAGAAGGUCGAAAAAGAAUCUAUCGCAUUCACAUGCAAUUUCUCCCAAAGAAGGAAUUGCGUCGUGAACAUUCUGUAAGUCCUAAUCAAGUCUUACAGCAUGUGGAGUCUCAUUUCUUGGCAAAUCUAGUUCUUGGUAUACGGAAGCUUCUGCGCACUUCAUCAACCUUGUUGGAGACAAAGGAGAGUCGCAAAGAAGGUCAAACUCAAAAUGGUGAGGCGGAGGAUCCUGAGAAGGAUGUAGAUCAUGAUGUGAGAAAUAGAGCAAGGCCACUGGGUGAGGAUCAAGAUAGUUCCAGUGAAGAUGAGAAUGAAGAGGAGGAGGAGGAUGCAACUUCAGCCCGCAAUCGUGCUCGUCACAAUGAAUCCCAUGAAUACGAUCAGCCUGAGGGAUCGGAAGAUGAGCAGUCAAAUAAUGGUGAGAAUGUUAAUGAAAGUUUUCAAGAGGAAAGGCAAACCAACUCAUCCCAGAAUAAUGAAUACAGUGUUCAAACAGAAGAAAUAAAUAGAACAUUUGAGAGAUUCCAGAAAGACAAUGAACUGAAGAAACGAGUUGAGAAGGUUCUUUCAAAAUAUAAAUUGGUGACAAACUACAUGUUCGACCUAGUCCGUGAACAGUGGUGUGAAGUGACAUUUGGACUUCCCUUGUCAUUGGCUCGUGUGGAUUUCUCUACUAUAUUUCGAGAAGUUGCAGAACAGUCUGUUGUAUGUUCAACACCUGGGAUAAAACGAGCUUUUGUUAAUUCAAAUCCUGAUGGAAGUCUUGUGCUUCGUACAGAUGGGACAAAUUUGCCAGCAAUGUUCAAGUAUGUUGAUAUUCGUGAUGUCUUCAAAGCAUAUGGAAUCACUGUUGAUCCGAGACAUCUGUUGUUAGUGGCAGAUUACAUGACAUUCUUGGGUACUUAUGAGCCUCUCAGCAAACGUGGUAUAGAGUCAGCAAGUUCUCCUUUACAACAAAUGUCAUUUGAAUCUUCUCUCAGCUUUCUACAAACAGCAACUCUGCGAGGCCGUCGUGAUACCCUACAAUCUCCCUCCAGUCGUAUAAUGUUAGGUCGCCCAUGUGGUGCAGGAACAGGUGCUUUCUCUUUGUGCCAGCGUCUUGCAGUGACAGGAUAGCUAUGUUCCCAAUAUCCAAGAGUAAAUAUAUUUUAGAUACUAUUAACAAGAGAAUCAAGCCCUAAAAUGAAAAUGUUCAGAAGUCUAUCAAAUCCUGCACUAAAAGCACUGGAAAGCAAACCAUGCAAGAGGAUCAUUAAUUUCCCAGUCAAUAUAUGAAGAAAUAUUGACGAUUUGUUUUGCUGAUAGUAAAAGGAAAAGCAGGAAGGCCGAGAAAAUAAUUAAAAUACAAAGCACAACCAGUACAAACAAAUUUGCAAUAUUUUUUAUUUGUUCAAUUGACGGGCUAAUGAUUUUUAACAUGGGUUUAAUUUGAAUCGUUUGAAAAUAAAAGGAAUAUCUUGUUAAAAUAUAAAUGAUUUUUUGUAUAAUCUAUUAUGAGAAAUAAGAACGUCAUAACUAGGAAUCGGAAACCUGUGUUGUGAAACCUUUUAAAUAUUUAUUCCUCAACCCUAUUUUAUUUUACAUACAAUAUAAUACAGGCAAUUAUAAUUAUGACAUUAGAUUAGAAACGUCGAUUGAAAACAUUCAAAAUCAGGUUUUUUUGGCAUUACAUUUAUAUAUCUAGCAAUUUAGAUCAACCACAUAAUUGUUAGUUCUUCUACAAAUCUUACAUAAUGGAGCAUAAUAAAGAGUUCAUUCUCACAAAUGGAACACUAAAUAGUACAGUGCCUGUAGAACAAAGUUCACUCAUGAAUUUCACCCAAGUUUUGAAUACAAUGUUGGAGAAUCUAUAAACUUAUUUUCCAAGAUAUAGGGAAUAUGAUAUUUUUUGUAUAAUGGUGCAGUAAGCUUGUAUUCAGAUUAGCUGCAGUAUGAUGGUAAUCAUGAGUUAACCUUGGCAAUGGUAUACUAAAUUGAGCAACUAAAGUAAAAAACAUGCUGCACGGUUUCAAGUCUACACACGUGGGUUUAAUAAGGAGUAUAAAUUUGUGAAACAUAGCAAAGUAGGACUUCCUAAGGUAUGAUAUAAAAUUUUUUGCCUAGUCUGUAAGACACGUUUCGACAAGUCCAGCAACCAAUGAGCAUUAUUAACAAUAUAAUCAUUAUGUAGAUGGAAUUUCAAUUUACUGUCAAAAAUCACCUCCAAAUCUUCAAGCUGUGAAACUGUUUCCAAUGAAGUAUCACUUAUUUUGUAUUCAAAUGGGUCAUUCCACUCAAAAUUGGAGGAAUUUGAAGGAAAAUUGACUUCGAGUCUCAUAUCUUCCUGAUUAUUUUUUUACAGAUUCAUGAAUACAAACAAUUCAACGAUUUGUUGUUUUGUUUUGCUCAAAUAUUUAUAUUUUUGUCACUUUUAAAAAAUUUUCCUUAACUGCACAUGCAUUAAAAUGUAUAAUUUUAUAUUUUAAAAUCUCAGUUUUGUGUUUGUAUUAAAUCAAAACUUCAAUCUGUGCCUUUCAUGAAAUUUAUCUUUUUUAUAAAAUUAUAUUUUUCCAUGUUAAUUUUUUGUUUGUAUUGUUUAAGUUAUAAAAUUAUUGUUUUUCUCACAAAUUAAAAAUCUGAAAAGAAAGUUCAUCCUUUAUUCUAAAGGACUGUCCAGUUUCUAUUGGCUUCUAUUAAAAUAACUUUUUGAGAAAUUUUUAAAUUUUACCUUGUUCAAGGCAACGUGAGAACUCAUGCGCCUGACGUAUGUGCUGCUAUUAAAUGAAUCACUGGUGGGAACAAGCUUGACAAGAUGAAGAUGAGUGCAAAUGUUCACAGAUAUCUAUAUCUAUAAUAUGUAAUAAUUUGAUGCAUAUGAAUUAUUUUUAAUAUUCACAAGAAUUUUAAAGCUCAUUUCUCAGUGAACAUUUGCACUCAUUUUUAGUUCCUUAAUCUCUUAUAUGAGAUUGCAUUGUGAUAACAAUUUAAAAAAUUUAAUUGUUAAGAGGAAUUUCUUAGGACUAAGAAAUUACAAAAACAAGAAAAAAUCAGUAUUUUCGAUUCAUUUUCCUCCAUGAUAGUAAUAUUUUUUAUUGAUAACAGACUGAUUUGUUUCUUACUAAAUAGUUUUGUGGAUAUUUGGCACACUUGACAUUGAUAUAAUCCUCUGCAAGGCAUUGUUAAAAAUCCUUUUUGUUUUAUCAUGUUGUGAGCGAACUAUUAUUACAGUCUUGAACAACGCAUCAUACAGUUCUGCAACUUUCUGAUAAUCAGGCACUUCUGACAUAAAUUUAAGAUCGUUAUCUGUCAUUAAUGGCACAACGUUGUCUUCAGAGGAUGAAUUUUCUCCUGCCAACACCUUGCUUGUCAUCUGUUUCUUCUCAUCGUAUAAUGCUCUCCAGGCAUCUUUUUCCUUCUGCAAAUGUUCUAUAUGACUCAUAAAUUCAUCAUCCGUCAGAAAACAAGUCUGAUUGAUGUCAUUUCCAGGACGUUCGAAACCGCUGGAAACGGAAUGCGCUGUCAUUUUUUUAUCUACAGACCCUCAAUACAAUGCUAACCAAUACAACACACGUCUGCCUCAAGUGCUCCAAAACCCCGCGUUUUGUUGAGUUUGAUGGACACUCUAUGGAGAUGUACGGAACAUUUGACUGUAAAAGCUUCGAAGGGUAGUCACAGGGCAGCACCGUCGCCUAUGCGUGAGAAGUGGUGAGAAGUGGCAGUCUCAGCAAGUCUCAGUCCUGCAAUGCUCAGUCCUGCAUUUUACCACCCACGGUAGAAAUGUUAUUUCCACCAUGAUCCUUCCUAGAGUUAGUAUUGAAAUACUGCUGG